GUAUUCCCAGUGUCCCACAGUCAAACGUGAGAAUCCAACUCUUAAACCCCAAACAAAGCCAAAAACCUCGAAUGCUAAGCCCAAGAGCGACGACGACACUCCGUUUGAGCGCCAUGUCUGGCGCUAAGAUGGUAACCUCGUCGUGUUCGUCAUCAGCGUCGUCGUCGAUGGCCCUGAGAAGUCAUAGCCUGCACUCGCAAUUCCCUUCGAGUGGUCCGAGAUUCUCCAAUGGAAUUGUUCUUCGCGGGAACCGUGUCUCGUUCGCUUCUUCUUCGACACGCUUCGCUCACGCCUCGCUGCGUUGCUACGCGUCGUCGGCUGGCUCAGAUAGGGUUAGGGUAGAGAAUCCUGUUGUGGAAAUGGACGGUGAUGAGAUGACGAGGAUCAUAUGGACAAUGAUUAAAGACAAGCUUAUAUUUCCACAUCUGGAUUUGGAUAUAAAGUAUUUUGAUUUGGGAAUUUUGAAUCGCGAUGCAACGGACGACAAAGUUACUGUAGAAAGUGCUGAAGCAGCUCUUAAGUACAAUGUUGCAGUAAAGUGUGCUACCAUUACUCCUGAUGAGACCAGAGUCAAGGAAUUUGGGCUGAAGUCUAUGUGGAGGAGUCCCAAUGGCACAAUCAGAAACAUCUUAAAUGGUACUGUUUUCCGUGAACCUAUCCUAUGCCGUAAUAUUCCCAGAAUUGUUACUGGUUGGAAGAAACCCAUAUGUAUUGGUAGGCAUGCAUUUGGCGAUCAGUAUCGAGCCACUGAUGCGGUCAUUGAAGGGCCAGGAAAGCUUAAAAUGGUUUUUGUCCCUGAAGAUGGAAACACGCCAGUGGAACUUGAUGUUUUUGAUUUUAAAGGACCAGGCAUAGCGCUUGCUAUGUAUAAUGUUGAUGAGUCUAUCCGAGUUUUCGCUGAAUCGUCCAUGUCGAUGGCAUUUGCGAAGAAGUGGCCCCUUUACUUGAGCACCAAAAACACAAUUCUUAAAAAAUAUGAUGGCAGGUUUAAGGACAUAUUCCAGGAGGUCUAUGAAGAGAAGUGGAAGCAAAUGUUUGAAGAGAAUUCAAUAUGGUAUGAACAUCGGUUAAUAGAUGACAUGGUUGCUUAUGCAAUGAAAAGCGAAGGUGGAUAUGUUUGGGCUUGCAAAAAUUAUGAUGGGGAUGUGCAAAGUGAUUUACUUGCUCAAGGAUUUGGCUCCUUGGGCCUCAUGACUUCUGUGUUGUUAGCCACUGACGGGAAGACAUUAGAAGCUGAGGCAGCUCAUGGGACUGUAACUCGGCAUUUCCGAUUACAUCAGAAGGGGCAAGAAACCAGUACAAACAGCAUUGCUUCUAUAUUUGCAUGGACACGAGGGCUAGAACAUAGGGGCAAGUUAGAUAAAAACGAAAGGUUGCUGGAUUUUGUUCACAAGUUGGAGGCUGCAUGCAUUGAGACUGUGGAGACGGGCAAAAUGACCAAGGAUCUUGCCAUUUUGAUCCACGGGUCCAAGGUAUCGAGGGAACAUUAUUUGAACACUGAGGAAUUUAUUGAUGCUGUUGCACAAAAUCUUGAGGUCAAGCUUCGAGAACGUGUACUGGUUACCCUAUGAGAUGGUCAUUCAGGAAAUCCCCAAGGCAGGGAGAAUUUUGUGAGUGUUCGUUGUUAGACUUAUGGGCGAAUAUCUUCCUUUCUCAUCUACACAUACUGCACAGUGCUUCAAACUUGUUUUACAUUGGCAAUAAGGUCUGAGAUUUAGUGCCAAUAUAUAAUUUAAAUUUCCUACACAUCUGGAUUUUUGUCA